UUGGAAGCCUUAACUCUCAUUUCCUGUGAUUGAUCACGAGGUGCUGACGUCACCCUCACGUGAACGCGCGGGGGAAUCCCUGGUCGGUCGAUACUCAGCCCCCUGUGAGCUGGUGUGAGGGCGAGUCCAGACACGGGCAUUGCUGAGCUUCGACGUGCAGGGCGCGGGACACUCAGGUGGGAGGGCAGCGUAACUCACCUGUCUCACAGCUUUAAGAGGCGGAACCGGAAGUCCUCCAAGACAGAAGCAGUCUGCGGACUGAGACGUCCAGAUUAUCCAGCUCCGCCAGGAAGUGCGUCGGUGUGUGUUUCGAUUCUUCAGCUCCAGCCAGCCACCAUGUUCGGACACCGGCCACAGACCGAGGAAUGAGGCCGACACCAUGCUGCUGAUCCUGCUCUGCCUCCACGCCUUCUCCCGGGUCGCGUCUCAGGCGCCGCCGCCGCCGCCACAGGACGUCCAGGUGGAGAAGGGUCAGCUGACUUGGACUCCAGGGGAGCCGGACGUCACCUACACGGUGAAUUACCGCAGAUUUAACUCUGAUAAAUGGGAAGCUCUUCCAGCCUGCAUCCAGACGCCGUUACAUUCCUGCAACAUAUCAGCGAUUGGGCCGAGCGACACUAACGACUCGCCUGAGAACAGCUGCGUGACGCUGCGUGUGCAGGCCGAGAGACGGGGGCUGAGAUCUGAGGGUGUUAACGCCUGCAGCAGAUACGGUGACGUCUGCACGCCUCCGUUCAGCAUUUUGCCUCAGCCUGGAUCACUCACUGUACACCUGAGUGAGAACCAUGAGCUGGCGACGGAACACGCCGAGAAUGCCAAGCACCGGAUUUACUUUGGCAGAGAGGGAGAGAGUCCUCUGCAGGCGUAUAAAGACACUGUAGCCUCCACGACCAUUAAAGAGCUGGAGGAGGGGCAGCGGUACUGUGUUCAGGUGGCCUAUACGGUCUACAGUAAUUCCGUGGAACCACGCAGCUGCAUCCAGUGUGAGGUCAUCCCUGCAUCAGAACACGUGAACAGGACGCCGAUGAUCGUGGGGCUGCUCGUCGGCAUCGUGGUCCUCGCCAUCAUCAUUCUUGCAUUGGGAUACCUCGGGUUUUUCCAAACUGAGAAAAUCAAACGCUGCCUGGAGCCAUAUAAAUAUGAAAUCCCACCGAAUCAGUUUCCUGGGGAAUUUGAAGUCCGAACAUUUAAUCCCACUGAAGAGCACUGUGACGACCUCCAGAUCUCUGACGGUAACUACGAGCCCAGAUCAGCACUCUGCCCUCCCGCCGCUGCUUCCUGAACUCUUGGAGAGGCUCCGCCCACUCACAGAGACUCCAUUCAGAGUUUACCAGCAGAGGUGACUGAGUCGCUCACCUGCUCCAGGUGAUGUAACCAUGUACCAUCUGGAAUAUUUACCUGUGAACACCUGGAUGCACCUGAUCUCAGAACAUUUGUGAACUACUCCCAUGAGGACAGCUGGUGGAGUAAAACCAGGAUGGAGCGCAGCGAGCAGCUUCCUGACACUAAUUUUAAUCACUGCGCUCUAACGACCAUCGCAGCAGAGGAGCGGGUCACUCUAGCAUUAACCAAGCCUUGUUUCUGAAUGACCACGCCUCCCUGAAUGUUCUCCACGCUGCUGCUGCUUCGAACCUCUGACAGGAAAUAGUAGAAAACAGGAACUGCGUACACGUCUGCGUGCUCUUUCUCAAACUUCCUACAGUCCUGUUUAACUCUGAGUUAGUUUCUUUAUUAAUAACUGUCGGUGAGAGCGUUCCCAGGCAGGUGGGAGUCACACGCUCACUGCUGGAUCUGACUGGCUGCGGUAAGAGGACAGUCAUGGCCAACACUUCCUGUUUCAGUGAAAUAGGAAGUGUUUGUUGGGUAAAUGUUUGUUUACGGGAAAUUUCAUGUAACUUUUUUUUUCCCGGGGGGGGGAUCACAGGAAGCCCCGCCUCCCUGCAGAGGUCAACUCCCUGUCCUUCUGAAUAAGCGGAGUUCACCUUAAUAAAAUGUCUGAAUCACUGGUGAGGCUGAGUCAUUGCUUCCAGUAAACAGCAGGUCAAAGGUUACAAUAACAAACAAAGCAGCAGCUCACAGCCACACCCACAAAACUUUUUAUUGUUUCAGAAAAAUGACAGUUUGAUUUCUGCUCAGAGCUUCAGGAACGACUGAAGCAGUCGAGAUUUUAAACUUUAAUACUGAAAACUCAACACACAUCGUAGUCAUUCAGGAAGACAACCGUCCUUUUAUAAUCCAGUGUCAGACUGAGACGAGACAGUAAAUGUUCUUCCAGCUAUAAAUUAGCCCCGCCCCCUUGAAGUGGAAGAUUUUCAUUAAAAAUACGUGUAACAAUCAGACUUUUAAUUUGAAGGAGUCACAGGAAGUGCAAUCUGGAAACCAAUCAGGUACAGUUUGACGUAAAAAAAAAAAAAAAAAAAACUAAAACAGUCCAGACUGAGCGUGUGUGAGAGAGACACCUGGGCCGGCUACACAUCGCUCCGCUCGACUGGCGGACGGGGCCGGUUUGUUCAGGUUUUUGUUUACGUCUUCUUGUCAGCACGAGAGGUGCGUCUCACAUCCAGCUGUUUACGGAUAACAUGUGACCUUUAGCAUUUAACCAACAGAAGUGAAGCUGAAAUCUCCCAGAGUGACACUUUAACAGUAAGAGCGGCGGUCCUGCCCGCCAGCAGGAAUUCCCUCAUUUUACAAAACACAGUGAGACUGACACAGAGAGAGAAGUGAAACAUAACAGAACUAUAUUUACAUGUGUGUGCGUGCGCAGCAGCACUGAUUGGUCUCCAUUUAAAAAGCAACAUUAAUACUAAAAGUGUUUUUACAGCUUCGACUAAAACAGCAGAAUACAAAACAUCUGGGCUGUGUGUGUGUGUGUGUGUGUGUGUGUGUGUGUGUGUGUGUGUACACGUCUUAACCCCAUAAAUCUUCAGUGCGGCCGAACUUGUAGAUCAGAGUGCU